AUGUCGCAACCAAACUAUCUCUCAAACUCUGAGAGUAAUAUUAGCAGUUACAACAACAUUGAUGACACAUCUAUGAGUUCACCAACUUCAAUACAUGCAUCAACACCAGCAUCAUCAUCAACUAUUGAAUUGUUGGCCACAACAAUGUUUAAUAAGGGACUUGAUACAUGCUCCAGUACCAUCCUGAUGUAUAAUGAAGAUGCCAAAUACGAAGAUAAGAAUCAUGUUGAUAUCAGCAACGGAACAUGCCAAGAAGACAAACAAAAGCAACAAAACCAAAGCAUGGAAGAUGGUUUCCAUACGUUUAGAAAAUUCAGUGUUCCAUUCAUUGAAGGGAUUAAAUUCUCAGCACAGGAUGAUGAAGAAUGUGAUUUCAAGUUGAUUGGAAAGGAAUACAAGUAUUCAUUAUUUGAUGGGAAGGAUCAUUCGGCCAUGUAUGAGAGAUAUAGACCCAGAUAUCCACCUGCUCUUUUCGAUAAGAUGAUCAUGCCCAAGCUGGAAGGAUUCGCUUCUAAAGUUGUUGUGGAUGUUGCAUGUGGACCAGGUAAUGCAACCUUUGAUUUGGCCAAGAGAUGUGAUUUUGUUAUUGGAGCUGAUAUUUCACAAGCACAGAUUGAUAAAGCAGAGAGGAUUUUAGGAGAACAUCGAGAUGAAUUUCCAAAUCUCAUAUUUGAUUGUGCAUGUGCUGAGAAUCUUACAGAUCUAGUGGAAAAGCAUCGAUCGACUUUGAAGAAAUAUCAGCAUGAAGUUUCUCAUUCAACAUGUGAUGAUGAGAAUAAUAGUAAUAAUCAACAACAGGAAGAGGAGAAUUAUGAAUUUUUUGAUUUGAUCACAGUUGCAUGUUCAUUGCAUUGGUUUGAUUUUGAAAAGUUCUUUGCUCAGGCAGAUAAAGUCCUCAAGAAGGGAGGUUAUCUGAUUGCAUGGACCUAUUUUCUCAAUACAUUUUCGAAUGAGAAGGCAGAGCAGAUUAUUACUGAUUUUUAUAAUAGUGAUGAAUUGAAAUCUUGUUGGACACCUAGGAAAACAUUCUUGGAUCACAAAUAUAGAAAUAUUCCAUACGUUCCAUAUGAGGAUAAUAUGGAAUUUGUUACCUUUACCUACUCUUCACAAAUACCUUUGGGAGAUUACAUUGGGUUUUUGAAAACUUUGAGUGUAGUUCAAAAGUAUGGAGACAUGUAUGGAAUUGAAAAGAAGGAUCAAUUCAUGUCACGUCUAACUGCUCAACUCUCUGAAGCUUUGAAUAUUCACAGUGAAGAAGAACUGAUGGAAUUCAGUUUACCAUUCGUUUUCCUCGUAACUAGAAAACACACCUAA